GCUAUCAGGAAGGUAAAAGACUCAGUUAAAAAGAAGACGAUCAUCAAAAGAUAAUUGGAAAAAAGUAAAAGUAGUUUUUUCAUUGGUUUUAUGUUUUUUCUAUAAUAUUGCAUUUUUUGUGAGUAUGCUUUUGACAGUUAUUUAAUGAGAACUGUGCCUUUUCUGCAUCUCUCCUGAACUGUAGUUUUAAGGAAGUUGCGAAAAGUAAGAUAUAGCUUAUUAGUAAAUUGAUUGAUGUACAUGCUUUGUUGGCAACUCCAGAUGAAAUAUGUCUAGUUCAAAUCUCUCAAUGACGCAUAAUUUUAUCGAUUUGAAAGAUGGUCACUUUUGCCUCAUCCCUGUUUUCAUCUGAAAAAAAGGUCGCACCGACUCCUGAAACUAAACAACAAUUAUUCUUUGAAGUCUGAACUUUCCUUCAGCCUCAUUACUACUACUGAAACUAAACAACAAUUACUCUGAAGUUUGGACUUUUCUUCACCCUCAUUAUAUCAUAUAUGAGUACUAAAAUGACAGCCUAGCUGCAGGUACCGACAUUGACAAUUUCAAUAGAAUCACUGUACACAUUUCUUAUAUUACAGCUUUGUUGAAACACGUUAAAUCUGAGUUUUGAAGUGACUUUGUUGAGUCUCCUGUGCGGCAACAUGGAACUGCUUUUCCCCAAUUUUCCAGCAUUCAACUAAAGAAACUUUACACAUUCAGUUGUAUAUUAGUUAGAACUAUUGUAUAAGACAUCUCACUUUUGCUGUUUUUCCUGUCACAACUCGGUUCAUCUCUGGUUAAGGUGUCAGCACAGCACUGUGACUGUCUUUAGACUUUGGCAUAUUCUAUGAUAUCGGAAUGGAAUACAAACACUGCUAUCUAACUGCAAUUGUCUUGUUGUAUUGAAGACAUGCAAAGAGAAAACAAGGUAUCUGCAUGGAUGGAACUAAAUGAAAAAGUGUCCGUGGACAAGUGUGGCAUCCAUACCAUGCUAAUCAUUGGACGCAUGGUUAUUUUUGGGCCUCGAAUAUCCUGAUCUGAAUUUUCCUGAUUGGUUGGUUGCAUAGAUUUCAUAUGUUUGAUUGCAGGAAAUGAUCAUAUUUGAUGCAUCCAGUACCCCUUCCUUAUCAUUGGGAGUUGAUAAUUUUUCAAGUUAUCUGACAGCCGAGCUACUCAGGAUUGUUCCAGCUUUCAUGUAUGCAGUUGAAUAUCCGUCAGAAAAGGCAGGCGCAAUAAGGGCCUUUCUGCCCUUGUAUGUUAGUGUUAGCGUAUUUCUUCAGUAGCAGAUAAAUUCAUAGUUACUGUAGUGACAAAUGGCUUUUUCUUAUGCUUAUGUGCAACCUAAUUACUAUCUUAUUACCAUUGUUAUGCUUAUGUGCUAUAACCCAAGAUCUACCAUAAGAAAGCAUCUGUAGUCUGUACUACUUUAGUAGCUAAACAACCUUGGAGACUUUGUAUUUACCUAAGUCCAUCUUGCAGGUUAUCUGUAAUGAUCUCCCAGAACAUGGAAGUAAGAAAUGGCAUGACAUAUGCUUCCCUUGCUACGCAUAUGCCAGGUCCACCGUCCAUGAGACCAUGACGCCAGAUCUGGGUAAUUUGUGUCAGCUAGCUCUAGCUGAGGCCAUGGCAUGUGCAGCCAUUUGCAGCCUGAUCCCUGGUGUUCUGUACUUCAUAUCUGCCUCGAUCCGCUCAGCUGCAAGGAUUUCAGCGCCCAUGUGAGUGCCUCAUCUGUCAGGAAGAAGGGAGCAACAGUUACUUUAGUCAUGCACUCUGAUGAUGUAACAAUUUGAGUUCUCAUUUUUGGCCGUAGGUGCAAACGACUUCGCUUUGUUUAAGGUGAAGGUGGUUGCUGAAGACCUGUGCUUUUAUGAGCAAACUAGACAUGGAAGAUACGAAGCACAAUCAAGUUCGAGCACUGAUAUUGAUCCAAUAACCUCCAAAUUAAGAAAGAAGAUAUCAAAGAUUAGUAAAUGAUCUUAAGCAGAAAAAAGGUAUCAUUGCGAAUGAUUAGUACCAGAACGAAAGCUGAGGAAUAAACAAUCUGAAACCGUGCAUAUACAAUUGUCUAUGCACCUUUUGUUUCAUAGUCAAACACUAGAACUUGGAGCCUUGCAGGGGUAGUUUUGGAUGCUACCUAAAGCUAGGACUAGAGGAGUCCUUUUCCAAUACAUUAACUGUCAAUUGGCUUGCAUUGCACCAAUGAUGAGGCUGAAGCAAAUCAUGCAUGGUAGUUGUUCAGAUAAGCAGAGUAGAGUUGUUGCUGAUUGCUAACAUUUGGGCCCUUUGCUCUUCAUUAUAAAAGAAGGGGAAUCUUUCAUCAGUUGGAUCACACUUGCAUGCUUCAGGAGGCGUCAGGUUUUUGACAUGGCAUUGAAAGGACUUAUUUUUCUAAAAAAGGUCCAUGGCAGUGUUACGAUUCAAGGAAUCUUUAAGCAAUUUCACGCUAAACAGACUAUUAACUAAUUUUUUCCUUGGUAAAGGAAAAUACUUCUGAAUUCCGCACACGAUGAUAUUAAUGUGACCAACUAUUCCAUGUUCUUCCAUAUAAGCACAUACAUUCCAAACUAAUAAAGUAUGAUGUCACUACAAGAAGCAGCUGGGGUAUCAGGAUGUCACACCAUGUACGUUUAACCCGGCAGUACAAUCAAAAUACUCUCAUCAGCUGCUGCCACUGGUGCUCCUUGUUUCCCAUUGCAUCAGUUUAUUAUGACAAGAACAGCAGCAUAAAAAAUGGAGCUCUCAGACUUAAAGAAGGCACCAUCUCAAACCACUGAUUAGUACAUUCAAACUAACCCGAUGAAGGCACUUAAACACUGACCCAACCUCCUAUAUAUUUUCAGUUGCAUUGCACCAAGCAAGGAGGCAGCAACCAGAGGCCGAAAGAGGUAGCCACCUAGACUGACAAUGGGGGAGCAAGGCAGGUCAAGCAGCAACAAGAUCAGAGACAUUGUGAGGCUGCAACAGCUUCUCAGGAAGUGGAAGAGGCUUGCGCUUUCACCAAAGGUCGGCAAGAGCAGCAGCCAUGGCGUUCCAAAGGGGUUCUUCGCGGUGUACAUCGGUGAGGAGAUGAAGAGGUUUGUGAUCCCCACAGAGUACCUGAGCCACUGGGCAUUUGAGGAGCUUCUGAAGGAGGCAGAGGAGGAGUUUGGGUUCCGGCAUGAGGGGGCUCUGAGGAUCCCCUGUGAUGUGGAGGUGUUUGAGGGCAUCCUGAGGCUAGUGGGCAGGAAGGAGGCAGCUGUGUGCUACUGCUCUUCAGAGCAUGAGAUCCUGUGCAGAUGAUGGAUUUCUCUUCUUUUUGUUCAACUGUCAAUUUGUUCCUUUCUUGGUUCUUGGUCCGAUAUCGAGAAAAGAGGAGGAAGAGCCUGCAAAUCGAUGGGAUUUGUGAUUUCUACGGGAGGAUGAA